AUGAUAUCAAAGGAACCUCGAUCUCGAUCUCGACAAGUCGUUUCCGCAGAAACAACAUCCAAUGACCUCACCGGUUGUUCCAGAGUAUUGCACAACGAUAGCGACUCAUCGUCUUCAGUUGUGGAGGAAGACAGGGCUAAGAUACAAUCUCACCAACUGAGAUCUACCUACUACUUCCACCAACCAACGUCUACCUACUACUGUACAUUGAAUCUAGACAUGUGGGCUAAGAGGUCUAGCAUGAUCAAUCCAACGGGCUGGGCCUUGAACAUGCAGGUCGUGACAUCCUUUCCCACCUAA